GGCGCACACUGCCAGUGGCCCUAUAAACCCUCAACAACAACAAGAUGGACUGGCACUGAAUAUUUUAUCAUAUUUUACACCUUCAUUCCUGAAAUAAAACUAAAUAUAACAUCUAGAAGUGUUGUUAAAUAGUGAGAUGUUACUAAGAAGUGUCUUCCAUCAGUGUUACUCAGCCAGGAACAAGAUAAAUGGCUCAUAUUGGUCAACACUUAACGUCUUGUGUCCAGCCAGGUUGAAUCCACCUUCCAACUUUUAUAAUAAUAAAGUAUACAUAAUAGUUCAAGUGAGGAACUCAUCUUGCUGGUGUAGCACAUCAGCUGCUGCUCCUAUGUUAAUACCAUCUCUAAGAGCAUUAAGCAGAAGAUGUGUUUCAUGGAGAAAUGACUUGCUGCAGAAUGUUCGAUGUGAUGUUGCUGUUGGGUUGCUGUCUUCAUAUUCAAAAGCUGAGUCACUUGGUACCAGAGAAGAUGCAGUAGUCAAUAAAGAGUGUACAUUUGAAGAGGAAGAAUUAACCAAUGAUUCAAAUGAGCAAGACUGGAAAGGGUUCAGUAAGACAAUAAAUGUCAGUGAGGCUUCAAUGAAAGAUUUAAGCCAAAUAUAUGACAUCAGUAAUGAUGAGGCUGUCCAUAUGGUGCACAUCAGCCAGUGUCCACAGGUGUCUGAUAAAAAUAUGAGGAAAACUCUGUAUUUCCUAAAGGAUCAUGGCAUCACAUCACAGCAGCUGCAGCGAAUACCAUGGAUACUUUUACAUUCAUCAGGUAUCCUUCAAGAAAAAUUCAAGAAAUUGUUAGAACCUCAUUUAUUCCAAAAUUUCUCAGAUGGUUUGGGAUUUUGCUACUUUCCAGUGAAAAAAAUUGCUGUUUAUCAAAAAAAAUUCAAGUUAGAAGCAGCUGAUUUUCCCAAUCAUCCCAACCGUAUAUACUAUCUGGCAGAGAGGUUGAAGGUGCCUGUAGAACUACUCACAGAGAAGAUCGUCAGACCUCACGAGAUGUUGUCCACGAGAAUUAAGCGACUUGACUGCAUGAUUGAUAUGUUUUAUAACUAUGGGAUGAAGUCGAGGAAUGUCUUGGCUAGAUCCUGA